ACAACAGAGGAAGUACACAGUAACAUUUCGAUUCUGACCGAGCAGAGUGGGGUGGCAAACAGUAAUAACUCGACGAUGCACGAUGGAAGAUUUACAGUGCAAAUAAAUUAUUCAAGAUUUGACAUUUAUUAUGACAAGACCUCCGACGGCACAGGUUGGAUUCUUAUUGCUCGUUUCUCAAACAGCGAUGCGAAAAACUGGGUCAAGUUUUCUGGCUCUUGGUGGUAUGACGUCACAGAAGCUCAAGGCAACAGCAUCGAUCCAUCUGAUAACGCUGACAUGAUAUCGCCAGCAUUUUGGCUGAUCAGCGGCAGAAAAUUUAAGAUCACGCGUAGUGAUGACCCACUACACACGCCGCUGUUACAAACCACGGGCGACUGUCUUGAAGGAAAGUCAUUCAGACAUAAAAUGCUGAAAUAUGGUUUUUUCAGGUAUGGAGCAGUCUGGGCCCGUAGGCGUUGUCAAGACGACUGUGAGGUUAACUAUGGAUGGCCUAACGAGACAACCUACGGAUUCAAACAAGCAAAAUGUGACGGCCCCUUGCAGAGUUCCGACAAAAUUGGCUUUUGGUGUGAUUGGGAAAGCGGUGGAUCCGUCAUGAUGGUUGGUGGAGGAGGAGGAACUUGUGGAGGAUCUGAUCACGGCAUUGGAAUAACAGAAAAAAAUGGUGGCGCAUCUUUUCAUAAUAUGGAACAUAAGUUCGAUUUUGGGAAUGAUGCCAAUCCUUUGAAUAAUGGCACGACUAAGAAUUAUUCAUUGAACCUAUGGAUUAACUGACCAUUCAAAAAGUAGUGCACAAUACUUACAACCAGUUGUGUUAAAAAAGAUGGACUAUUCAACAGAUAGUGCGGCUAUGAGAGCAAUGAUAUUACACAAUGACGAAGUUCACCUUAUCGGCAUACUAUGAAGAACGGGGCAGAAUUCAAAAGCAUGUGUUGUGAUUCAACAAGAUGUAAAUAAGUGGCCCUGCAUUCUGCAGUUUUACCAGACUUUUUGUGCAAACGACUGGAAUGUGACUCGCGGAGAUGU